GUCAUUCCUCACCAUGUGCCAACCCUCCGUCACUAUUCAUAUUGAGGACAUGAAAAUGUGGCAUUUUCACACAUAGCGUGUCCCGUUUCGAAAUGGACGUAGAAAUGCCGUGUGCACGGCGGCGGAAGAGAGAGAUGACGGCAUGACGGAGUGACGACAUGACAGUGACGCUGGUGACGUCAUACAGGAAGUACUACUGCCGGAAAGUGCUUCGCGCAGCGCCCUUGCUUCCUUCCAAAAAACUCCAGCCGGCCAGCCAGCCAACCAGCCAACCAGCCAGCCAGCCAACCAGCCAGCCUUUUGUGGAUGUGAGAGUCGAAGAGUGAAGAAGCCACGCACCCACGCAGAAGAAACGGUCGGGCCGCCACCUGCGACGCCGCCGCGGCAAUCACGAGGAAGAGCAGAGAAAGCUGCUUUUUUUCCGCGCUGGCGGGAAGGCUACGUAUGAGCGUCAACACGCGCCUUUUCUCCCAUCCAUUCAACGCAGCGUGAAAAAGCAGAGGCUCCUUUUUUUUUUUUUUUUUUUUUUGCUGAGGCUGCUGCUGACUUGCCCUCGACGGCGUGGCUGACUUUUCCCGCCCGGUGUUCUUAAGAUGAAGCGACUCCGAGCCGCUCCUUCAGACCGGGGCUGCUUGGUUGGGAUCUGCUUCUUCAUCCUGGGCUUGGGAACUCUGCUGCCAUGGAACUUCUUCAUGACUGCGUCGCUGUAUUUCCAACGACGGCUGAGCGCAAACGCGUCCAACGUCACGGACGGCGACCAUGGCGGCGACGGCAGUGGCUACAGCAAGUACUUCAACAGCUGCAUGACCCUGCUGUCCCAGCUGCCCCUGCUGCUCUUCACCUUGCUCAACUCCAUCCUCUACCAGAGGAUAUCGGAGGCGGUGCGCAUCGCCGGCAGCUUGAUCUUCAUCCUGCUUCUCUUCGUCUUCACCGCCGCGCUGGUCAAGGUGGAAAUGGACACCGAGCGCUUCUUCUCCGUCACCAUGACCACCAUCUGGUUCAUCAACUCGUUCGGCGCCGUGCUGCAAGGGAGUCUCUUCGGCCUGGUGGGGAUGCUCCCCCAGAAGUACAGCGCCGUCUUCAUGAGCGGCCAGGGGCUGGCCGGCACCUUUGCCGCCGUGGCCAUGCUGCUCGCCACCGCCAGUGACGCGCAUCCCGAGUCGGCGGCGUUGGGCUACUUCAUCACGCCGUGCGUGGGCACGCUGGCGACCCUAGCGUGCUACCUCCUCCUGCCCCGAUUGGAGUUUGCCCGCCAUUACCUCGGCCAGGGCGCCAAAUACGAGCCCGGCGCCACGGAUGAGCUGCUCGCAGUCCAUCAGCGCACACGUGUGUGUCAAGCAGAGAGCUUGACAGCGGACGGCGGCAAGCUCAACGGUCGCGCCAACGGCUCGGCGCCCGCCAAAGACGGCGAUGGCGCGGAGGGCUCCGAGGCCCGGCGGGACAGAAGCCGUGAGGCUUUCCUGGCGCUGGGGCAGGCGGACAAGAAGCAAGCCAAAGCCUCCAUCGUCGAGGUCUUCAAGAAGAUUUGGGUGAUGGCCUUCUGCGUGACCUUUGUGUUCACGGUCACUCUGUCGGUGUUUCCCACCGUCACCGUGGACGUCAGGACGACCGCCUUGCCGGGGAAAUGGGACGACUACUUCAUCAUCGUGUGCUGCUUCCUGACUUUCAACAUCAACGACUGGCUGGGCCGCACGGUCACCACCUUGAUACGCUGGCCUCGCAAGGAGUCUCCUGUCUUCCCGCUGCUGGUGGUCUCCCGCGUGGUCUUCAUCCCGCUCCUGAUGCUGUGUAACGUCCAGCCUCGCUCCUUCCUGCCCGUCUACUUUGCCUCCGACGCCGUCUUUGCCGUCAUCAUGGCUCUCUUCUCCAUCUCCAGCGGAUACUUUGUGUGUCUGUCCAUGUCGUACGCGCCGCAGUUGGUGGAGGCCAAGGACGCGGAGACGGCCGGAUCUCUGAUGACCUUUUUCCUGGCUCUGGGUCUGUCCAUCGGCGCCGCGCUCUCCUUCCUGCUGCGAAGGCUGGUGUAGUGGUGUGCGGCGGACCCGUCCGGGGCUCGGCUCUGGGUGGGGUGCCUUGACUUGCGAGUCUUUGCCGCGCUCGCCCGUGCGCUUUGGGACGUUGACUGAGCGAGAUUGACGUGCAAAAACAACACACGUGUGCGCAAAGUGUGUGUGUGUGUGUGCGUGCAAGUCAAUCUACUUUUUGUUUCAUCCAACUGUGUGCGCUUUUUCAUCAGUUUUGUUUGAUUUUUCUGCCACCAAAACCGAGGAAUUGCAAAUUGAGCUCGUUAAGUGAACAAAUAACACUUUGAAGUCAAGGCAAUGCAAUAGGAAUGAGGAACAUACGCGCUUGUAGUAUUGUUUGACAUUUGUUUGCUUGAAACGACAAGGGAAAGUUCGCAUGUCAAGGAAGGGA